AUGGGGAAGGCCCAACCUUUUGUGCAUCUGAAACCCGCAAACUUGGUUCUCAAAUCAUUCAACAAACAAAAUGCUAGUUCCUCUGCUCCACUUACUGCACCCCUCAAUGCCAAAGGAACUUCUUCGCCUAUGCUCAGAGUUAAUCUCAACAAGUUCCCGAGCUUCAUAGGGCACUGUACUAGCAGAGUAAAUCGAAGAGUUAACGAGGACACUUACUCAAUCAAUAUGCUCAAACUACCGGCUUCAGGACAAGAGAUGCAGUGCCUACGAAAUAAAAACAUCAAGGAUAAAAAAAGUUACUGGGAUAACGAGCUGCCCCUCAAGAAGUCAGUUCUAAACCUUUCAGUGUUUGACGGUCAUGGCAGUGAUCGAAUUUCUAAGCUGUUAGCUAAGGAACUACACCAUGAGAUCGCAGGAACAUUACCAUCACGGGAAGCUUUCUUUGACCUAUUGAGAAAGUACAAGGAUGUAGUCGGAGGAAAGUACUGGAGUAAGCUAUACACAAAACGCGAAGCAUACUUCCACCGUUUCAUAGCCAAUUGUAAUACAAAGCAAGAACAAGUUCUUUUUGAAAAUGACAAGUCUGGUUCUCGAAUGAUUUUCGAUACAUGGGGCAACAUUAUAGACAAGAACAGCCUCCUUACAGAAAACGAACGAUUAAGAUUAUUUACUGCAUAUCUCAAUUUCGAUUUCAAGCAUUGUUGUGAUGCAUCUAACGUCCCAGAAGCAGAGAAAGUUGAUAACAGGCCUGUUGGCGGGUCCACAGCGUCUAGCGUUUUCAUUACUCCUUAUCACGAAGACGACUCGUAUGACGAAACUUUCCUUGCAAAUCCCGAAAGCCUACUCAAGCUGAUAGUGACCCAAGUAGGUGACACCAAAAUUGUAUUGUGCGACAAAAAUGGUAUCGCACAUAGCCUUACUAAAAUUCACCAUCCUACAUCAUCUCGGGAAUCUCGGCGACUGGGAACGAGUUUUCAAACCGAUUCUUUUGGCGACACCAGAUUUUUGGACAAUUUUGCAAAUACUAGAUCAUUUGGCGAUUCAAUCGGUAAACAAGACGGUUUGUCCUGCGAACCUGAUAUUUACUCGUAUCUCAUUGGGAGCACACGGUCACUUCCACAUUCUGAAAUUAGUAAAUUACAGUUUGGCGGCGACGAGUGCUUUGUAUGUCUCAUCACUGAUGGGGUUUCUGACUUAAUGAGCGAUCAAGAACUUGUGGAUCUAAUAACAAGUACGGUAAAUUUGAGGGGUUUCAAAACGGCUAGCCCACAAUUCGUUAGCGAGGAGGUAGUACGUUUCGUAGCCGCCAUUGGCGGCCAACAGGCAGACAAUGCUACGUGUCUAGUGCUGAGAUUGCCUAACUGGGGGAAUUGGCCCUGCAUUGAUCGUACUGGCGCUAUCAGAGAGGAAAAGCUACUUUCCGCAUCAUCUGGGAGCGAAAGGUCGAAUGUUUGA